AUGAUGAGCGGCGGCAGCUCAUCAAAAGCAAGCCCAUCGAGGUCUGCUAGCGCAAGUAGUUCUAUGGAAGAUGCGGUAAAAUGGGAGGAACCAUGGGUGGAAGCCGAUGACGGUGUGAUUUUGUUCGGAGAUGAUGAGCAUGGAUACACGUUGUCGAGUACAUUUAGACUACGCGAUCGCAAAGCUCGAGGAUUUCUACGGCUAUUUUCGCUGGUUCUCAUAUGUAUGGAUAAACUUCUCAUCACCAACAAUUACGAUUUUUUCGUUUCUUCAAUGUCAUCAAUUAUCCGGUAUUUACAGGUACCUGAAAUUAACAUUUUUGUUUAA